UUGUAUUGAGGGGAAAAGAUGGAAAUACUAGUUCAACGGCCGUUAUCUGUUCAAACAAGGGUCAAAAUUAAUACAUGAUUGUGUCACCAUUUACUUGCCUUAUCACAAAACUACGAACAAUGUAUAUAAAAGAUCUGAUAAGAGUGGAAAUAGAAGAAAAAUGAAGUCAGAAACAAGUCUAUGUUUCGGCAUUUUAAUUUCGAUUUUCUAUUUCGGAGUUCGCAUUGAUGCCACAACUAAAACUGUUCAAGACACAAAUGAUUUUAAUAACGAAAAGUUCGAGUUACUUUUAAAACGACUUGAACAUGUGGAACGCCGGAAUGACGAAAUGGAAAGGAGAAUGGAAAUGAUGGCGGCAGACUUUCGUGAAAAAGAAAAGGCUCUGAACGAUCGCAUUGCAGAACUAGAAAAACUGAAUGAGAAACUAAGAAACUAUGAGAAUGACAAUCAUGUGACGGACGAACGCUUUGACAACGCGCUUGAUGAUAGUGACAAUGUAACAGAUGAAACAAACGGUAGAGAUGCAGUGAAGAAACAAACACGUACAAUCAGAUCAGGUUCAAGACUUGCGCGUUCUGCCCAAUCCGAAGUUGCCUUCUUCGCCACGGUCACGCAACAUGACGUUUACAAUUUAGGCGUUAACCAGAAUAUUGUUUUUGAUCACGCUGUUACCAACACAGGCAACGCCUUUCAUAACAUUCAUGGCAUUUUUACGGCACCUGUUGCAGGCACAUAUGUAUUGUGCGCCACGGUUGCUGGGUUGUCUGUCAGCAACGACCAGACAUAUUACGCUCAUUUUGACGUUAAUGGAAAAUAUGUUGCUAAAUUCAUUACGCAUCCCUAUAGACAAGCCACACAAAUGAUAAUACUUAAACUCCAGGCCGGCGACGAUGUCUCUGUGAAAAACACCAGAGCAGAGUACGGUAUCCUAGGGGCCAUGUAUACGUCAUUUUCCGGAUUUUUACUGUAUCAGGAUUUCGGGUCAUCCGUAAAUAUAGUCGGAAAAUGAAAAACAAAACAACA